UGGCAAACUCUCAAUCUCGUCUGCUGCUGAUCUCAAAACCACAACACUUGAUCGACUCCGGCACAUUUCUCGCAUAAUUGCUCUCCUUUGUUCAAAAUACCUGCCAUUUAAGAGUUUUAUCUGUAUGGACUUAGAAUUUGUGAGGCACCUGCCAGAUUUUUAAGGAGGUGCUGUGACACACUAAAGCCGACCCCCAAAUAAAACCACCACAAUGUGUCGUACAUUAAGUACCUCAUCACUACAUCCAUGAGUGGAAGUGGCGGAGUGUGGCCAGGCAGCGGAGGCGGGGCACUGGCCACUGCAGGCUGGUUCUUCCCUGAGGCAGAGAACACUGUGCCAGCCAACCAGUGGAGCAGUGCAGGCUGUGCCUCCUGUGGCACUGACCAGCAUGCUCCAGUGCCAGCUGUCACUCCUCAGCAGCACAGCAGCUGCCCCUACCAUCACCAGCACCAUGCCCCAGGCCCACCCUACACCUCCCAGAGUGUGCCGGAGGUACCCCCAUAUCCUCCCACUGUCCCCCCACCCAGCCACUACCAUCCACCACACUACAGCCAGCCCUACCCCACCCAGUACAGCAUGCCCCUACGGCCGUGCUCAGAGCAAGGGGGCCCCGCCUCCGUCACCACUAUGAGGCCACCAGGACCGCCCCCUCCCAUCUUAUCCUAUCCCCCACCUGGCCCCUCCCCUGGGUCCCCAUCCUGUCCCCCUCCUGCCCCUCCAUACACUGGUGCCCCAGGAUACAGCUGGGGCCCCACACCACUGCCUUCACAGAUAUCUCAGGUUGGCAGCUCAGCACAGGGAUCACAGAGAAUUGUGCAUCCUGAGCAGCCAUGGCCACACCAAGAGUGGGAGGAAAGCUGUCCACCUGCCCACCAUGACCACACACCACGACAUGCCUCUCGCCCCAGCCUGGACAGCAGGGGAAGAGAGCACGACUUGCCUCCCCGGCCAGACAACAGGACCUCCCACUCCUCGAGGUAUGACAGUGACCGGCGCAGCUUGGAACCCAAGUACAAGGAGGAUCGUGGCUAUGGGGGCGAGAACCGGUGGCUGGAGAGAGGGAGAAAGCGUUCUGUCAGUCCCUCCGAGUAUUCCAGCCGUAGGAGUGACAGUGGCUGCUACUCUCCAUCUUCCAGAUCUUCAAGGAAGCCACACUCUAGAUGUGAAAAGGAAAGAAGCAGCAUUGAGCCGAGGUACAAGAGGGAGCGCAGGUAUUCUACAUACCCUGAAGACAAGUGGAUGGACAGAGGCAGCAGGAGCAGCAGCAGCAGCAGCAAGCGGUCUCGCAGCCCUGCUGAGGCUGCCCCUCGGAGGCGAGACACAAGGAACUACUCACCACCCUCCAGGGCUUCACAUGACCCGCGGGAAAGGUCACAGGGCAGCCACAGCAGAGCGGCAAGGAAGUCAAGAAGCCCAGGGCGCCGGUCCCUGCAUUCCAGGUCACCGAUCAGAAAGAGACCACCUCCUGUACACAGCCCAGAGCCUCAGCGCAACAGGACUCCUGACCAAGCAGCAGCAGCAGCAGCAGCAGCAGCCACUGCUGCCAGGAAAGCUGAGUCCAUUGGAAGGCAAGCAAGUCCAGAUGCUGACCAGAUUGAUGCACUCAUAGAGAAGGAAAUGCAGAAGGCUGUGGAGGAGGAGGAAGAGGAAACAAAAACUCCUUGGGUUCGCUCUGCCCCUGCUGACCUGUACUACCAGCGAGAUGACAAGAAUCCUCUUGUAACACGAGCCACAAAAAAGUUGAUGGCUCUCUGUGAUGUGUUUGAUGAGAAGUUGGUGAAGAGAGGAGAGCGAGUCAGGCAAGAGAAGAAACAGAAGGCUGAGAAGAACAAGGAGGCACCACAACAGCUGACAGUGUGCAGGAGUGGAUGCAACAAAACAAAGAUUGGCACUGAGGAAGGUGAUGGAAAGAACCUGUCAAAGGAGGACACAGUCAUUGGGGACAGAAAAGACAAGACUGAAGGCAGUGAAGACAGUGCCAAGGAGAGCACCAGCUCAGGCAUUGCUGUGCCACUCCUGGCAGAGUGUGAGGGUGUGAAGGGCCAGGCAGCCUCAGAAGUGGUCAAGUCAGGGAGUCAUCACAGACAUCACAAGAAGAAGAAGAAGAAAGAAAACAAGGACACAGAUAAGGCAUCUGGGCAAAGCAGCAGCAGCAGCAGCAGCAGCAGCAGCAGCAGCAGUAGCAGUAGUAGCAGUAGCAGCAGUGAGGGUGAUGACAGCUCAAGCAGUGAAGAGGAUGAUGAGAGUGAGAUGGAUAGGAUAUCCAAGGAACUGGAGAAGAAACGCAACCACCCAGACAGACUCCAUCCAGAGCUGUGGUUCAAUGACCCAGGGGAGAUGAAUGAUGGGCCCUUGUGCCGCUGCUCCCUGAAGGCCCAGCGGUCAGGGAUUCGCCAUGGCUAUUAUGUGGGGGAGGACAAUCUCAACAAGUGUGACCCCUGGACUAACAAUGCUGAUCGUCUUCACCAUUAUCUCAUCACCAUCUCACCACCAACUAACUUCCUGAUCAAGACACCCACAGUCAUCAUGCAUGACAGCCAUGAGUUCAUCUUUGAGGGGUUUUCCCUGCUGUCACACCACCCCCUGGAGGAAGUCCCUACCUGCCGGGUGAUUCGCUUCAACAUUGAGUACACCAUCCUGUACAUCCAGGAGAAGAUACCGGACAACUUUUGCAUCCAGGAGCUGAACCUGCUGUACCAGUAUCUCUUUCUGGAACUCCUGGAGCUUGUUGAUCUGAACCUCAAGUCAAUGGGAGACAGUGACGGCUGUCCAAGGUUCCACUUCAUGCCGAGAUUUGUACGUAAACUUGCAGAUAAUGGCAAAGAGAUCCUGUCCAUGAAUGAAGUCCUAAGUUCAUUGUUGAAGAACAGCGGCCCCUUGGUACAGCCUGAGGACCUGGCACAUCUGCUCAGCAUGUCUCAGUACCAGUGGCAGAAUUAUGCUGACCAGCUCAAGGGUAUGGUGGUGACUUGUCCUGGCAUGAAGCCCAGCAGCAUUCGGGUUGACCAGCUGGAUCGAGACCAGGUCAGUGAAGAGACCAUCAACUACCCUGUUAUUGUCCAUUUUGGCAUACGUCCACCUCAGCUCUCCUACGCUGGCAAUCCGGAGUACCAGAAGGCGUGGCGAGAGUACGUCAAGUUCAGGCACCUGCUGGCCAACAUGCCCAAGCCUUCCUUUGAGGACAAGAGGCGACUUGAGGCCAAGGAGAACAGGCUGCAGGAGAUGAGAAUGACCUCAAAGAUGAAGAGAGACGUAACUGUGGCUGUGUCUUCCCAGGGAUUCUACAGGACUGGCAUUAUGUGUGAUGUAGUGCAGCACGCAAUGUUGCUGCCAGUGCUGGUGUGUCACCUUCGUUUCCACCAGUCCCUUGAGGUGCUGGAGGAAUGCAUCGGAUACAAGUUCCAGACCAGGUUUCUCCUUCAGCUGGCCCUCACCCAUCCCUCCUACAGGGAAAACUUUGGCACAAAUCCAGAUCACGCCAGGAAUUCUCUCACCAACUGUGGCAUCCGACAGCCAGAGUAUGGUGACCGGCGCAUCCAUUACAUGAACACACGGAAGAGAGGCAUCAACACUCUCAUCAAUAUCAUGUCAAGAUUUGGCCGCAACUUGGAGACUGAAAGCAAAAUAACGCACAAUGAACGCUUGGAAUUCUUAGGAGAUGCUGUAGUGGAGUUCCUCACUUCCAUUCACCUAUUCCACUUGUUUCCCAGCUUGGAGGAAGGAGGACUGGCAACGUACAGGGCAGCUAUUGUGCAGAACCAGCACCUGGCUGUCCUGGCAGAGAAGUUGCGUUUGGACCAGUUCAUGCUGUACGCUCACGGAUCAGAUCUCUGUCAUGACUUUGAGCUACGACACGCCAUGGCCAAUUGUUUUGAGGCCUUGAUGGGGGCAAUAUUCCUGGAUUCUGGUAUUGAGGAAGCUGACAAGGUGUUGAGCUCUACCUUGUUCAAGGGAGAGGCUGUGCUGCAUUCCAUCUGGGUUCACUACCCGCUGCAUCCCAUCCAAGAGCAGGAGCCUCAUGGGGACCGCAAGUGGAUCAAGUCCUUCCCCAUUCUCACUAAACUGUCCAAGUUUGAGGAGUCCAUCGGCGUAGAGUUUAAGCACAUCCGGCUGCUGGCUCGCGCCUUCACUGACCGCAGUAUUGGCUUCAACAACCUUACUUUGGGCUCCAACCAGCGGCUGGAGUUUCUGGGAGACACAGUCCUUCAGCUGGUGUCCUCAGAGUACCUCUACCGCCACUUUCCCGAGCACCACGAGGGGCAUCUCUCAUUACUGCGCUCCUCCUUGGUCAACAACCGCACGCAGGCCGUGGUGUGUGAUGACCUGGGCAUGACCUCGUACGCCAUGUACUCCCACCUGAAGACUGAGCUCAAGACGAAGGACAGAGCUGACCUGCUGGAAGCCUUCCUGGGUGCUCUGUACAUUGACAGGGGUCUGAAGUACUGCCGCACAUUCUGUCAGGUGUGCUUCUUCCCACGCCUGCACCAGUUCAUCAUGAACCAGGACUGGAAUGACCCCAAGAGCAAGCUGCAGCAGUGUUGCCUUACCCUGCGUACCAUGGAUGGGGGCGAGCCAGACAUUCCCAUAUACAAAGUCAUCGAGUGCAAGGGACCCACCAAUACCCGUGUGUACACAGUAGCGGUGUACUUUCGGGGCAGACGCCUCGCCAAAGCUUCAGGCCACUCCAUCCAGCAGGCCGAGAUGAAUGCUGCCAGGGAGGCCCUCAUGAACUCCAAAGAACUGUUCCCUCAACUGGAUCAUCAGCGGAGAGUGAUUGAAAAAAGUGUCAAGAUACAAGGCAUUGGCAAGCAGGACUCCCAAGACAGAGAGAAGGAGCGUGGGAGGGACAGGAAUGGGAGGGGACACUGGAGAGAGGAAGAAAGACGUGGAGACAGAGAGAGACCAAGAGACAGAGAUAAACUAGACAGUAAAGACUUUGAGAGAACCAGAGAUGGAGAAAAAAGAGACAUGAGAGAGAAGUACCAAAACACUGCAGAUUCUGAAAAAUCAACAGAAGCAAAAAUAUUUGAGAAUGACAAAUCAUAUUCAGAUAGGGAGGGAGAGAGAGAGAGAGGAGAGAGGAAUUACACAGAUGGAGAAAGAGGAGAUUCUAAGAGAGGAAGGACAGACUUAGAGGAUGACAGGAGGUACAGGAUGGACAGUGACAACAGCAGGACUUCAGGGGUUGAGCCAAGAUCCCGCGGGCACUCCAGAUACGUCACUAAGGAUGUGGCUGACUCAGACAAGCACCGAGACAGACACAAGGCACACAGCCGCACCAGACGCAGUGAAAGUCCACAUGAAUUGAACACAAAGAGCACACACCACGCCAGAGAUGAUUACAGUCGCAAGCAGAUCAGGUCCGACUGGUGAUUAGUGCAAUGAUUUACCCUCCCCAGUAUCUGUCUGUCUCUCUAGGAUAUUCUUGCUGCACCAGAGAGAAGGGCUGCCACUGGGAGUUGAGGGUUGUGUCAUGAAAGGAUCACAACCUGAGUGGUGUGGGUAGAGGUGUUGCAUUAUGAUUGUUUAACAUUAUUUUCAACAAGCUUUAUAUGACAGUAGGUAUGUAUGUAUAAAAAAGCAAAUAAUUAAAGUACAAAAGUAUUUUAGAGAUGUUUUUAUCAAGUCCAGGCUCAAGAAAAAUAGGUAUAAGCUCCCAGAGGUCAUACACCCACAAGUCAUUGCCAUCAACACUUGCCAUCUGUUUGGUCAUCUCAGUGCGUGUCUUGAUGUUAACCCUCUCACUGUGAUAUGAAACAAUUCACACCACUAAAAGCAAUGUCAUAAUAUUUAUAAGCACCCAGAAGAAAGAAAGAUAAAAAGAAUAGGUUUUGCAAUUUCUAGCCAGUAUAAUGCCUUGAAGGAGCUGUGGAAUGAGAAGAAAUGUCCCAAAAUGGUUAGUGACCAGGGGCAAAUAUAAACUAAUCUAAGCGCACAUACGUAUAUACAUAUAUUCUUAUAUACUUACACAGAAACAACUGAAGUAAUGCACACACACACAUACACACACACACUAACUAAAUAUUUAACUAAAUAUUGAUGCAUAGGCAGGGAGGCAGGAAAAGUCUCCGUUUCAGCCCUUAUUUUUAUGUACACUGUCCUACGGCAAUUCAUUUUGAAACUCUCGAAAAGAAAGACGUCAAGACUGGACUGCAUUAUAUAUUCUGACCUGCCAUAUACUUCAACUAACACACUGAACAUUGACGGAGAGAGACUGGAAUAGGGGGAUGAGCCGGAUCUCGGUAACCCGAUGACGUCACUGAUGUUACGCUUUAUAUACGUACGUUAAUCCAUUUUGAAAUUGACCCCUCGAAAAAACGGAACUACACCGGAAUGCUUUAUAUAUUCUGACUUGCCAUAUACUUUAAUAAAUACCUGAAAUAUAAAAACAUUACCAGCCUGACUAAUAAUGAAGAAAAAUCCAAAACACAAUCUGUAAUUUUUAUGAAUGGGGUCACAAAAAAAUAUAUAAUAUUGACGAGGAAAACACAAACAGACUAGAUUAUGUUACAUAUUCUAAAUAAAAAAAUACUUUCCAGAUAAAUAAAAAAAACAACAACUUUAUCUUCGUACAAAGAAAAUGUUAUUUUCAAAUCUAGCAACGGACUUAUUUUAAAUUUGAAAAUACGAACUGUUAUACUAGAUUUUAUUGGAUAUUAUUACUUGGGAUACAUUUCUUAUACUUUUUAAGUCUUACAUAAAACACCAAAACAAUCCUAGGCGUGCUAAUAAAAAAUAAAAAAUCAAUAUUUAUUAAAUGACGAAAAUGUGAUUUUAACCGAAAACAGAAAAAAAAAACUAGAGCUAGACAAGAUUUUAUUAUAUAUUAUGACUUGUUGUACUUCUAUUAUGUUUCUAUUAGUAAAUCAAAUAUCAAAAUCAAUGCAAACUCUACUAAUAAAAACAAUAAAAGGAUAAUAU